AUGGUAAAGGAUAAAGUGAAUAAAGUGCUGAUUUUUCACCAAUGUCACGCCAAGCUAAGGCAUACCAACGAUAAUGGUAAAAAUCCGAACCUAUCUCGAUUUGGGGACGGUGUCGUCCUAUCGCUACGUUGGUCGCUUUUUGAACAGCAUUCGACCAUCCAGUAUUGUAUUUCUUUGGAUCUCAGUAAGUGGGAUCUUAUCAGGAUUCAUUCCAGAAUGCUGUGGGCUCUUAUUUUUCUCCUGACGCCAGUUUAUUCACAGAAGCAAUGUAUCAGAUCAAUUGAGAAAGAAGCGGCAUCGCUCUCACCAAAUGCUGAUCCAUUCAAGGUGUCGAAAAUAAGUGAUAGCAACAAUUAUGCGGUAACUGUCAAAAAAUACUACAUCCAACAGCCAUAUCAAAUACACGGGAUUGUGAAGCAAAUAACCGUACUCGCUGAAGGCAAGAAAACUAUGCAGGUCGAUUAUAGGAUUAGAUACGAUAAAAAAACGUACAAAAUACGAUAUAUCCUGCUUCCACCGGGCGACUAUGAAAGACAGCGUGAAGAAUGCGUCACAGCAAAAAAAGGUAGAUGGGCUAAACUAUAA